CGUGAUCAAUGGCUUCCAGAUACCCCUAAAGCAUGAACACAAGAUAUUUUUGCAGAGGGUUCUUAUUCCUCUUCACAAAUCCCCUUCUCUUGCUUCCUUUCAUCCACAAUUGGUCUAUUGUAUAACUGAAUUUCUCCGAAAGGACUCUACUUUAGUAAAACCACUUAACCACGUUAUCAUGAAUGGCCUCCUUCGGUUCUGGCCACGAGUAGUAUCCGGAAAAGAAGUUCUUUUCCUCAACGAAUUGGAGGAUUGUAUGCUCUCAGUCGAACCUUUCGAACUUACUUCUUUUAUCGAACCGAUCUUUAAGCGAAUUGCAACAUGUAUUCUGUCUUCAAGCUUUCAAGAUUCAUAG